GAACACAUCUGGAGGACCUGGAUUCCUCAGGCGGAUAGCUGCCUCCACGGCCAGGGCUUGUUUUCUGUCGCGGACAACCAAUGGCUGGAGAGGCGGCAGGUGGGUGCUGUUUGCCGACCGUGUGAGCCUGGGUACACGUCGGUGAUGGUCACGGACGCAACCGGCUUGGACACGGCAGUUUGUCGCUUGUGCAGUCCGGGCCGCAAGCAGUCAUCCUUCUCAGCGCAGUCCUGCGCCGAAUGCCCGGCGGGUACCAUCUCUCAGACCUUCGGACAGACGGAGUGCACGAAAUGCCCAAUCGGUUCUUACCAGAAUGCGACUGGCAGAAGCGAGUGCAUCGAAUGCCCGGAGAACAUGGACACAAGCAUCAAGGGCGCGACGACAGAGAACGCUUGCAUCUGCAGUGACAAUACGUAUUGGCAGUGGGAGCAGCAGAGAUGCAUCGGAUGCCCCGCCGACUUUAUCUGCAACGGUAGCUUUAUGCCACCAUUGCAAAGAGCGGGAACCUGGGCAGAAGCGCUUGAAGGAGGGGACUACUCCAUCUACUACUGCCGGGAUGUGCUGCGCUGUCCCGAAGGGCUUCCCGGCUCUUGUGCCAUGGGUCGAACAGGUCGUGCCUGUGCGGACUGUUUCAAGGGCUUUGCUGCAGCAGCAGAUGGGAGCUGUCAGCCAUGCGAUGCACUGCAGCUCUGGCCCUUCAUCCUCUUGCCGCUCGUGGUCAUCGCAGUUGUGCCGCUCCUUGUUUUUGCAGGCAUCGUCCUCAGCAGAGCCCGGAAGGUGGCGAUCAGUGUCUUCGUCGUUUGCCUCGUCUUCGGCCAGUUGGUGGUUUGUCUACAGUCGCUUGAGGCUAUCUACCAGUUCGACAUUCUUUGGGUGGAUCCUGCGAAGGCCAUCCUUCAGUCGCUUUCGAUCUUCAGCUUCGACAUUGAGUUCUCCUGCGUGCUUCCUCCACGGAACCACUUGAUGGAGUACACCAUGCAGCUUUUGGCCUACCCUGUGGUGCUACUGGGAACCUUCCUUGUCUGGUCCAUGGCUCGGUUCACACGGAAGCGGGUGAGUUUCACGUACUUCGUCAACUUCCACGGGAUCAUCCUGAUUGCCCUCUUGACUGCUAUGUCUCUGAGCGUCCUCCGACCAUUUCAAUGUCGGGAGAACCCCAACGGCACUUCCACGAUUGUGACCAAGACAGAUGUUAUCUGCUGGACCACCGGAGAGCAUAUAGCUCUGAUUCUCCUGGCCUGUGUUGGUAUUCUGGCCUACCCGGUUGCCAUCCUUGCUGCAAUCAGCUUUCUCACUUGGAAGUACCCGAUCUGGCUUCGAUCAUCCAGUGGCCUGGAGGUGCUGGAAAAGUAUAGGUUCCUCUUCGGCCGCUUCCGACCCGAACGCUACUACUACGGCCUCAUGCUCUCCUUUCACAACCUUGUGGUGGCCCUUAUCCCGGCUACGUUGGUAUCCGUGCCCGCUCUGCAAGUGGGCAUCAUGGGCAUCGUAGUCUGUGUGAAGCUGACCACCCAGAGCCUCCUCUGGCCUUGGAGAGUGGAUGUGGCCAACUAUAACGACAUGGUUCUUUCUGCUGGCCUGCUGAUGCUGCUGCUCCUCGCAUCCCCCUUGCUGAAUCUGAAUGAACAGAAGGCCAUGGAGUUUGUAGCAGUCCUCUUGGCUUGUGUCAUGUUCCUUCUGCCUAUUGCAGCGCUGCUCGCUGCAUCGGCCGCAGUUUGCUUCCGGCUUCGUCCUCAAAGCAAGUACUCGAUGUUCCUAUGCCACCACAAGGCAGGCGCUGGGGCCCUGUGCCGCUUCAUCAAGCUCAUCGUGCACAAGUACGGCCGCAUGAACAUCUUCCUGGACUCCGACGAACUUGACGACCUCUCCCGCAUCUUCGAGAUCGUCAGCUCCGACACCCGCUGCCUCGUGGCCGUGCUCACGCCUGAUCUGCUGCAGCGCAUGUGGUGUGCAGGGGAGAUGACGAGUGCGCGGAAGAGCGGCAUCCCCAUCAUCCCGCUCUACUGCGAUGGCUUCGCCUUCCCGGAUGCAGACUGCAUCAACAAGAUCGAGUCCGUGUGGACCGAGGAGCAGCAGUACACCUUGACGAGCCACGGAAUUUCCAUGGAGGACAUCAAGGCCGCCUACAUCCACAUCCGCACCCUCACCUUCGUCACGCUGAAGCGAUCGGAUCGCCUUGAGGAACAGGAGCGGGCUGUUCUCCGGUUGAUGUCGGCUGUCUCACCAGGCAGCGCCAACCUGGAGGUCGCGCCCCAAGGAUCCAUCUCCAACGCGCGGAUCCUCGUUUGCUCCUCCGAGGUGGAGCCGGAGUUUGUGUCCACCAGACUCCUUCUGCAGCAAAUGAUCCAAAGGCAUUUGCAGAUUGCGGUCUUCAGCGUUCAGUGCCCAGCAGAUAUCCCGGCUGCGCACAAGGCAGCCUCCGUGGUGGUGUUGCUGAGUCGGGGAGCCCUGCAAGAUGCCACCUUUGCGCAGCUGGCGCUCACCAUCCGAAAAGAAGGGAUCGAGUUCGUGCCCGUGAACGAUGGCUCCUUCCAGUUCCCUUCGCCAGAGUUCUACCGAAAGGUGGAAGGAGGGGACAUCGCGAUCGCCGGAUUGGCGAUCGAAGUGGGUCCCAGUUUAGCCAAAGCUUAUCAGGCCAUACUUUCAAUCCUCGCCUUGCCCUUCGCUCCACAUGGAUCGAGUGGUAUCCUGGACAGGCAAGUCGCGCAGAUCUGCCAGAGGUUUCGCAGCAUGGAGGAUUCGCCACAGAAAAGGUAUAGCCCGCAGCUCGCGGAGGGCGUGUCGCAGGGUGAACCUUCGGAGGUCUUUACUCCAUCUCCCGCAUCCGCAGACACCGAUGACAUGAGCUCCAGUGAUGAUGAUGCUCUGUGCGUGUGA